CCGUUUCAUUGUUUCGUCCCUCCUUUCCCUCCCUCUGCCCAACCUUCUAUAACCGCCAUCUGCCCUGGAGAGCGAAGGGCUUGGUCUUACUGUCGCUCUCUUUUAUUCUUUGUGUGUCUGCUAAUUUAAUGCCUUGACCGGGUAACGUUCGCCCUUGUUUGUCCAUUGACGGGUGUGUCUGCCUCCGACACGGAAGCUUUUCGUGAUGAAUGGGUUCGCCGAUCACGGCCUCAAUGAGGAUGCGUUCAGCGAGAAGUCUCAGCUGCAGGGCGGCUUGAAGACGUUUGAUGCUUUUCCCAAAACCAAAACCUCAUACACGGCCCCGUCCCGCCGCGGCGGCCAAUGGACGGUCCUGAUCCUCCUGAUCUGCACAGUCUUCUCAGUCUCCGAACUCCGGACCUGGCUCCGGGGCACGGAAACCCAGCAAUUCAGCGUGGAGAAGGGGGUCUCGCACGACCUGCAGCUGAACCUGGACCUGGUCGUGCGCAUGCCCUGCGACACGCUGCACGUCAACAUCCAAGACGCCUCGGGCGACCGCAUCCUGGCCGGGGAGCUGCUGCAGCGCGAGCGCACCAGCUGGCAGCUGUGGACGGACAAGCGCAACCGCGCGUCGUUGCACGAGUACCAGACGCUGAGUCAGGAGGAGCCCGACCGGCUGGCGGCGCAGGAGGCCGACGCGCACGUCCACCACGUGCUGGGCGAGGUGCGCCGCAAUUCCCGGAGGAAAUUCCCCAAGGGCCCGCGCCUGCGGAAGGGCGACAGCGUCGACUCGUGCCGCAUCUUCGGCAGUCUGGAGGGGAACAAGGUGCAGGGCGAUUUCCAUAUCACGGCGCGCGGCCACGGGUAUCAUGAUGCGCAGGGCGGGCAUUUGGAUCAUAAUGUCUUCAACUUCACCCACAUGAUCACCGAACUCUCCUUCGGCCCGCACUACCCGACCCUCCUCAACCCGCUCGACAAGACUAUCGCCGCCACCGAGCACCACUACUACAAGUACCAGUACUUCCUCUCCGUCGUGCCCACCAUCUACUCCAAGGGCACCGCCGCGCUCCAGGAGAUCUACACCAGUCCACAAAACGCCAGGGCCAACCGGAACCUGGUCAUUACAAACCAGUACGCCGCCACCAGCUCCGCCGAUAUUCUGCCGGAAAGCCCCUACUUCAUCCCCGGCAUCUUCUUCAAGUACAACAUCGAGCCCAUCCUGCUGUUGGUCAGCGAGGAGCGCUCCAGCUUCCUGGCCCUGCUGAUGCGCCUCGUCAACACCGUCUCCGGCGUCAUGGUCACCGGCGGCUGGCUGUAUCAGAUGGCCGGCUGGGCGGGCCAGUUGCUCCGCCGGCGGCGGCGGGAGAAGUCCGAGGGGAUGCUGAAUGGGCGGCAUUUCGCGGAGGAUUAAUUGACGGUUCACAAUGGAGCGCUGCGUUGGUUCUUAGCAUGAAAGCAUCAAGAUGAAAAGAAAUCCGGGAUACAUAUUGAAAUAUGCUUUAGAAAUGCCAUUUGUCUUACUGCAGUUCAUCAUCAAUUAUCUUUGUCAGAG